AUGGCGUCUCUAACCGCCACCGAACAUGUCCCAAACCCUUCGUCUUCAUCAACGCCACCACCAGCCCUGCCGACAACGACAACGACAACGACAAAAGAUGAGCGCCGCACAGCAUCCUCCUCGUCACUAGCUCCUACUCUCUCUAAAGAUGAACCAUCGCUCUCCUCUUUGGCGAUUCGACGGAACCAGUUCCUCGCCCUUACAAAGAAGAACUGCAUCGUGCUCCGUUCGUAUUGGUUCAUCAACCUCUUGCGCUGCCUUAUCGUCCCCAUCGCAUAUUACAUCUUCUUGGGCUAUGCCAAAAACUUUUUCAACCCAACUAACGAUCUUGGUCUCGGUCAGCCAGUUCCCAUUCGUCGACUCUCGCAUGGUCUGACCAAUCCCAUUUACUGGCUCGAUUCCAGCACCUCGACGGUGCAGUCCAGAUUCUCCUCACAGCAGAUUAUGGAUAUCGUGCUUGAUGGAUUGCAACCAAGUCAACGUUCUCUCCUUAGGCGAGUUAGCGAUGCCACACAGCUCGGACUCGCCUGUCCACAGGCAUUCAACGGUCUCAGUUCGUGUUUCGGAGCCGUCGAGUUCUCUGACAUUACUGAGCAAGGUAGUGUCACCUACACUCUUCGCCUCGAUCCCGGUCUCAACAGGGUCAGAGUCAGCACCAACAAAGGUGAUGCCGAAACACGCACGCUUCCUCUCCAAUUCGCGAUCGACGCUGCUAUCCUCCAGCUCAAUGGCGCGCCCGCUGCCUCCUACUCUCAACCACCUCUCCAACAGCCAUACUCAAAUCAGACCAAUGCAGAACAAGCAGAGAGCCAGCGAAGAGGUUUUCUUGGCGGUGUCGAUCAGCUUUCUGUCCUCGCCUUCUUCAUCGGCAUGCUCGGCGUCGUUUGGCAUUUGCCAUCAUCUGUCAGUGAAGAACGAGGUUCCGGUAUGACUGCUCUUCUUACCACUAUGGGAUGUGCACAACUCCCUCGUCUCCUCUCUUGGCUCUGCGGUCCCGGUGCUGCAUAUUUGCCAGCAUGGUUCGUCAUGGGCGCUUCGUUGUCAGCCACUCUCUGGACAACAAGCAACAAGGCUCUUUGCAUUUUUGCUCACGUCUUACCCGGUCUUGCUAUGGCAAGUUGGUCUCUCUUUGUCGCCACUUUCUUCGCACGUGCCAACGUCUCUAGUAUCAUCACCACUGCCAUUGCUAUCCUCUUCGCCAUUGUGGCUCUCAUCACCAAACAUAUCGGUGAAGGUGGCGCUAUCGUGAUCGGCUUGCUCUUCCCCUCAGCAUCCUUUGUGUACGAAUUCGUCGCUAUCUCGGCUUACGAGCAUGAAGGGCUCCCCGCCAACAUCACCGCUUCGCACGAUGGCAUCAACAAAGGUCCCUCCAUCCUCGGCCAAGUUAUCGUCCAGCUUAUUGGCAUCUUCCUCUUCCCCGCCCUUACCAUUUUGCUCGAACGCAAGCUGUUCUUUGCCGAGCCUUUCUUCAACUGGUUGUUCCGACGUCGGUCUUCCUCCAAUCCCACCUCGGCUCAGUUCACAGAAAAGGGUACACAUGCGGCUACCCCGGCAUUGAAGAUCAACAACUUGGUCAAAAAGUACGGCAAGAAAGAGAGCAGUCUAGCAGUAGAUCGGUUGAAUUUGGAGGUGCCUCGUGGCACGAUCACCUGUUUGCUUGGCUCGAAUGGUUCGGGCAAGUCCACCACUAUCGGUGUUGUGGGCGGCACGAUCCGUAAGACUUCCGGUCAAGUCUAUAUUGACGGAUUCGAGCGUGCUGCUGCACCACCUGGCCUUCUCGGUGUCUGUCCGCAAAAAGACGUGCUCUUCAACCAACUCACCUGCUUGCAACAUGUCGAGUUAUUCCGCGCUAUCAAGCAUCGUCGUGGCACAAAAGACGAUGCAACCGACCUUUUGGCUCAAUGCGAGCUCUCGCACAAGCUCAAGUCAAAGCCCACCCAGCUUUCGGGCGGUCAGAAACGUCGACUUCAGACAGCAGCUGCUUUGGUGGGUCAAUCGACUUUCCUCAUGUUCGAUGAAGCCACUUCUGGUCUCGACCCUCUUUCGAGACGUGCGAUCUGGAAGAUUCUGCUGAACGAGCGAGGAAGGCGAUCGAUCCUGCUCACUAGUCAUUUUUUGGAUGAGGCCGAUUUGUUGGGCGACCAUAUUGUUAUCUUGGCUGCACCAGGAAACAAGUUGUGCCAAGGUACGCCGGUCGAGCUCAAGACCAGAUAUGGACAGGGAAGCACGAUUCAGGUUUCGCCACCAGGGUGUCAGGUGUUGCCGCUGCUGAACGAGGCUUGUCCAGGGACUAGGCAGAUUUCUGCUCUCGAACCUGACCAGGACUCGUUCUUGUUGCCUUCAACUAAUCAAGCUGAGAUCGCCAAAGCACUGGAAGCGAUUGAGAAGCACAAAGCUGCACUUGGUGUAAGUAGGUACGACGUCGCCGGACCUUCACUCGAAAGUGUAUUCUUGUCGCUCAACUCCGAACACGCACGUGCAAACGGCAAGCAGGAAGAAGUCGACGAGAUGCAAGGCAAUGUCGGCCAGCCCGGCACACAUGUCGGCAGAGGUGGACAGACCAAACUCUCCGAUGGCGCUGUUGCUAGUGUCUUUGAGCUUACUCUAGCUCAGCUGGGCAAGCGAAUGGUGCUGUACCGUCGCAUCUACCUCCCCGCCAUCUUCGCUAUACUCGUUGCCGUACUCGGCUCGAUCGUUCCACUAGCUUUCUUCUCCAAUCGCGAACCAUCUUGCACUCGAGGUUUCAGAGAUCGCGAGAUCAGCGAAACCGCCACUUUCUGGAAUAACGCUUCUCGUACCACCGAGCUUCUUUAUGCUGCACCCGAGGCGAGUGCCCAGGUUGUGUUCGGUAACGGUUUCAACCUUACGGGCAUCGAAUUCGACCGCGUUGCACUGGACCAGUACAACGAGACCAUCGCACAGAGAUGGUAUGCAGACCAAAGAGGGCCAGGUGGUAUCGCGCUUCCGCGCACCACCAGCGCUGCCAAUCAGUUCUCGUACUUGGCUGAUCAGGGCAUGGUGUAUCCUAUCGCAGCGCUUAACUUGGUCAGCAAUGCCGGUUUGGCUUCUGCGAGGGGUACGAAUGCUGGUGGUGCAGAUGGUUCUCCGACAAUCACAUCCAACUAUCGGCCUCUGUCGAAUCUUUCCCUCGGAAACGGUCUUGGUGAUGCGCUGAAAUGGGCUGUUGUGUUUGGGUUGGUGCAAGCUGUUUGGCCUGCGUUUGCUGCUCUUUACCCUUCUGCGGAGCGCAAUAAUCGGGUUAAGGCGAUGGCGUUGACUAAUGGAAUGCGUGCUGUUCCUCUCUGGUUGGGUCAUCUUCUUGCUGAACUUCCCGUCAUUCUCAUCAGCACUAUCCCUGUCGCCGUUGUCUACGCGUUCGCUUCGGACCAGUUCGCAGGCGAAGGGGUCUUCUGGGUCGUCCUUUUCCUCCACGGCGUAUCCUCCACCUUGCAGAGCUUCGUCGUCUCGCUUUUCGCUCCGAACCAAUUGGCAGCAUUCGCCAUUGUUGCGGCAUGGAACGUUCUCGCAUUCCUCAUCUAUUUCGCCACUACCAUGCUUACCGUCACCUACUACGUCGGAAAUGGCCUCGCCGGCGCACUCGAUGCAGCUUACUACGUCGAAGCGAUCCUAGCUCCCAGCGUUAGCAUGACCCGUGCAGGUUUCGUCUCUGUAAACCUCUUCAAUCUGCUCUGCAACGGUAGAGGUGGGUACAGGAGUGGUGGUAUCGCCGCUAUCGAUCUUUUGGGUGGCCCGAUUGUGUAUGCUAUUGUUUGGGCGCUUGUUUGUUUUGGGAUCCUUGUUGCGAAUGAUUCUGGCUACCCUCUCCUACCUUCUUGGCUUGGUUUUCUCCGAAGAAAAUCCUACAAGAAGCGCAGGGCUGAGGUGGACGAAGAAGAAAAAGUGCAACCAGUCGGACAAGGCGUAAGCGAAGAAUCCCUCCGUCUGGACUCGGAUUCCUGUGACGACGUGCUUCAAGCCAAACAUCUCGACAAAUCCUACGGCAAACUUCUCGCCGUCGACGAUGUCUCUCUCGGUGUUCGUCGCGAAGAAACGGUCGCUUUACUGGGUAUCAAUGGAGGAGGAAAAACCACUACCCAUGCUCUCAUCCGGGGUGAACUCAUACCCGAUUUCGGAUCAGUGACAAUUUCUGGCAUAAACGUCGCACAAAAUCCAACUCUCGCACGAUCGAACAUCGCCUCAGUUCCGCAAUUCGACGGUUUAGACCCGCUACUUAGCGUCGGCGAACACCUUUGUACGUAUUCCCGCAUCAAAGGCGUCCCGCACACCGAACGGGCAGAUGACGUAGCCGCGGUGAUGCAUCUCACCAAUCUCACUCAGUACUCUGAUCGUCGAGCAGGCGCUCUUUCGGGUGGAAACAUGCGCAAACUCUCCCUUGCAAUCGCUUUACUCGGAAAUCCAUCCGUGCUGUUGCUAGACGAGUUGAGUUCGGGAGUCGAUUCCUGGACCAAACGCGGUUUGUGGCAAACCCUCCGCCGAGCAGGUCGUGGGCGUGCGACGCUGUUGACGAGUCAUAGUAUGGAAGAAGCCGCUGCACUAGCCUCUCGAGUAGCAAUCCAAGCUUCGUGCAUCUUGGCGAUCGAUACGAUUGGUAAUUUGCGCAAGUCUCAUCCUGCGUACGAGCUGCAAUUGGAUAUUGCAGAAGAGCACAGAGGUAGUCAGGAGGCGUAUGAAAGGGUGGAAAAGUUUGUAAAAGGGUUGUUUGUGCAAGCGAGGUCGAGCGAUGAAGCUAGUGUAAGAUUUGAGAUCCCUUUGCACGGAGAAGGGGGAGAAGGGGGGGUGGCAGGAUUGUUUAGGAAACUAGAAAGGGCGGAGGAGCAGAGGAAAGAAGUUGGAGUGGUGGGAUAUCAGAUUUCACCGGUGAGUUUGGAAAGCUUGUUCUUGCACAUCGUUCGGAGAGCGCAGAGUGAGGCGGCGAAGGAUGAAGUUGGUGCUCAUCACCGUCAUCAUUGA